CCGCAGGUGUGUCUGAGGAUGACGCGACGGGAAUUUCACUGGCAGAGGGCGAUUCAGUCACUCUUCACACUGGUGUUGAAACAAGCCAACAGAACAAAAUUAAAUGGUAUUUUCAGAAUAUUCUCAUAGCUCAAAUCAUUGUAAAUCCCAGUCAGAUCUGUACAGAUGUUCAGUGUAGUAAUGGCACUGAGAGCUUCAGAAACCGACUGAAGCUGGACAAUCAGACUGGAUCUCUGACCAUCAUGAACAUCAGAAAAACAGAAGCUGAAGAUUACAAACUAAACAUCUUCAGCAGCAGCAGCAGACCCCGUCAAAAUGUCUUCAAAGUUUCUGUUAAUGAUGAUUCUGCUGCCAAAGUGAAGAGAAAGUUUGUGAAAGGGGGAGAAUCUGUCACUUUAGACACUCGUAUACAAAUUAAAACCACUGAUGUGAUAAAGUGGCAUUUUAAUGACCAUCUUAUUGCUGAAAUCAAUGAAAAUGGAGAGGAGCGUUUCAGAGAGGGAUUGAUGUUGGACAAUCAAACUGGAUCUCUGACCAUCAUGAACACCACAGACUCUGGAGAUUAUUAUGUAGAGAUCAUGAUCAGCAGAAGCAACAACUUCAAUGUCACCAUCUUAAAGAAUUUCAGCGUUAAUGUCACUGCUGUUUCAGGUUUAUCUUCACUUUUUAAAGCUAUUCUACCGUAUUUUACGCUGCCUGCUGCUGCUGCUGCUGUAAUUGCUGCUACAACUGUUGGUGUGAUUUACCAUCGUCGCGUGUCAUCCAAAAAGAAUGAGAAGAAAAACUUGAAAGAGAUUCUGUAUGCAGCCCCAAAAAAAGUUGUCCUACUGAUGGAAAAAGGGCCAAAUCCAGCUGAUGGGAGAGGAUCUGGAUUUAAUGGCCCAAUCAGCCAAAACAAACAACAAUAACAUUUUAUAAGCAUCAAAGUGCUAUGGAAAUAAUUUAGAAAUCUUUUUUUAAAUCUGGAUUUAGGUAUGGGUUUGUGUCAAAGAUUAAUGUUUGUGUUAUUCAAAAAGUUCCGGUAACAAUUAUUCUGAAUUUCAAAUAAGUAAUAUUGUCUUGAAGAACAAAUGUUUUUCAGGAUAAUGAAAAAGUUUUCAUUUAUUAUGAUUGGAAGUCAGAAAUUUCUUAACUAAAACAUUUGUAUUGUGUGGUUUUAAACAUGAAUACAGAGCACCUUUUUUAUACUUUGUCCAAAAAUGCUUUAAAUAACAGAAUUUUACAGAAUAAAUUAAAGUGUUUUACUUAAACUAGUAUUACCUCAUAUAAAUUAUAUUUGCAGGUAAACUUGAAGUUUUAAGUGGUCUCUUAAUUCGUCCCAUAGCACACAAAUAUAUAUUUUCUGCUAAAAUUUGAUGCUUAUUGGUCACAAAAAGUUUUAGGUCAUAUUAUUUGGUCAAUUUUCUACAAAAAGUGUCUUUAUAGUUUACAAUUGUGCCCCAUUAUUUUGCUAUAUAAAUGUUGUUAUCGAGUUAUUUUAUAAAAUGUGUAAAAUUGUUACUACAGUAUCAAAAAAGAUAUGGUAUACAUCCCUACUCACAGAGUGUUUAUUUGUUUUUUAAAUAGUUAAUGUGUUUUAUAGUGAUUUUACUACCAAGUGCAAUUUUAGGCUUUAGGCUUAAAAUGAAAAAUGUUUAAAA